AUGGCAGAGCAACUUGCUGAUAUUCUGAAACAAAUUCAGAAUCAAAAUCAUCAAGAAAAUCUUGCAAUACAGAAUCUUAUCGCAAAAUUGUUUAAAGAAGGAAAAUCAGAAGUAGCGGAGCAUUCAUCGUCAACAUCCAAGCCAACAGAAUCAGAAUUCAUAAUUGAAGCACUUGCAUCAAACAUCACAGAAUUUUGUCACGAUCCAGAAAAUAACAUUAUAUUUGACACUUGGUACAUGCGGUACGAAGAUCUGUUUCUAAUCGAUGCUGCAAAAUUGGAUGAUGCCGCAAAAACACGAUUGCUUUUACGUAAAUUGAACACCAUUGUUCAUAAUAAAUACAUCAAUUAUAUUCUACCAAACCAUAGUCGUGAUUUUACUUUUAAAGACACAGUAGAAAAACUCAAGAAACUUUUUGGAAAUCAGAUUUCACUAUUCAAUACUAGAUUCAAUUGCUUACAGAUAACAAAGCAGCCCACACAAGAUUUCGUUACAUAUGCGAGCAUGGUUAAUAAGCAAUGUGAAUUAUUCAAACUGAAUGAUUUAACUACAGAUCAAUUUAAGUGUCUAAUAUUCAUUAUGGGGUUAAAGUCACCAUCAGAAUUUGAAUUACGCACAAAAAUGUUAAAUAAAUUGGAAAAUGAAAGCACGAAAGUCACGUUGGAGACCUUAUCAACAGAAUGCCAAAAGAUACUAAAUUUAAAAGUCGAUACAAUGCUCAUAGAAAGCAAUGCACAGGUAAAUCGUUUACGUGUCAAUAACCAUAAAACUGAAAAACAAAUCAAAAAUAAUGGCAAGUCAAAAGAACCUUCAAGUUUACCGAAAACACCUUGUUGGUUUUGUGGUGAAUUUCAUUACUCGCGGCACUGUCCAUUCAAAAAUCACAAAUGCGACAGAUGCAAACUUGUCGGGCAUAAAGAAGGAUAUUGCAAAUACCGAAAAACUCAAAAUGAAAAUCAAAAAUACCAUAAAAUUGAUAAGGGCCGUCAAUUCAAUUCAAAAAGCAUCUUUACUACAAACAAAGUCAAUAUGAUUAAACGCAAAUACAUAUUAGUCAAAAUUAAUGGCACACCAUUAAAUUUGCAACUUGACACAGCAUCAGAUAUAACAAUAAUUUCUGAAGACAAUUUCAAAAAAAUCAAAGCCGAUAAUGUUAGCGAAUCAGAACAUACAGCACGCAGCGCAACAGAUGAGUUACCAUUGUCAGCAAAAUUCAAAUGCAACGUAGAAUUUCGAAAUCAACAGCAAAGUUUAACUUGUUUUGUUACUCCUAUACAAAAUCUCAACGUAAUGGGUUUAGAUUGGAUACAAGAAUUGAACUUAUGUAAUAUGUCAAUCAAUUCUAUUUGUAAUAGUAUUUGUGAAAAUCAGGAUAGUAUUCAAUUGUGUUCAAAUCCCAAUAAAGAUACUCACCUGAAACAUUUUUUUUCAGAUGUAUUCGAUGGCAAAAUGGGGUUAUGCACUAAAACAAAAGCAGUAAUCACAACGAAACCAAACGUUCAGCCAGUAUUUAGGUCAAAGCGUCCAGUUGCAUAUGCGGUACAACAACUAGUUGAAGAUGAACUCAAAAGACUCCAAGAAUUAAAGGUUAUUUCACCAGUAAACUUCUCCGCAUGGGCAGCACCUAUAGUUGUUGUGAAAAAAACAAACGGAAACGUACGCAUAUGUGCUGAUUUCUCAACUGGUCUAAACAACUGCCUCGAAUCACAUCAAUACCCAUUACCAUUACCAGAAGAUAUAUUCUCAAAAUUGGCAAAUUCAAAAAUAUUUAGCCAUAUAGAUUUAUCGGAUGCAUUCUUACAAAUCGAGGUUGAUGACGCAUCGAAACAUCUACUAACAAUAAAUACACACAUCAGGCUAUUCCAGUACAACAGAAUGGUUUUUGGAAUAAAAACAUUUCCAGCAAUUUUUCAACAAAUUAUGGACCAAAUGUUAGCAGGACUAAAUUGCACUGCAUCAUAUAUUGAUGACAUAUUUGUUUCCGGUAAAACAGCAUCUGAACAUACAGACAAUUUAUAUGCAGUUCUUACAAGGGUACGUGAUUAUGGGUUUAAAUUAAAAUACGAAAAAUGUAAUUUCUUUAAAACUGAAAUUAAGUAUUUAGGGUACAUCAUUAAUCAAGAAGGGUUAAAACCUGAUCCAGAACGUAUUGCCGCUAUCAAGCAAAUGCCAGAACCAUCAAAUAUUACAGAAUUACGUUCUUUUCUUGGCGCAAUAAAUUUUUACGGGAAAUUUGUUCCGAAGAUGCGUGAGUUAAGAGGACAACUUGAUAAUUUACUUAAGUUAAAUGUAAAAUGGAAAUGGGACGCGAAGCUAAUUGUAGCUGCUGACGCAUCAAACUAUGGGUUAGGCGCAUGCAUCAUGCAUGAAUAUUCAGAUAGAUCCAUUAAACCUAUUUGCCAUGCUUCACGUUCUCUCACUCCGGCAGAACAAAAAUAUAGCCAGAUAGAAAAAGAAGGACUUGCACUCAUAUUUGCAGUUACCAAAUUUCAUAAAAUGUUGUAUGGAAGAAGAUUUAUAUUGCAUACCGACCAUAAGCCUUUACUGACUAUUUUCGGUAGAAAAACAGGCAUUGCUAUACGUCAAGCAAAUCGUCUUCAAAGAUGGGCAAUUCAGCUUUUAGCAUACGAUUUUGAAAUAAGAUUCAUUUCAACAAACAGUUUCGGAUACGCUGAUGUAUUAUCUAGACUUAUAAACAACAACGAAAAUAUUUCUGAAAAUUACGUUGUAGCAUCAAUCAAAUUAGAAAGAAGUGUAAAUUCAAUUAUAGUUAACACUAUAAAUGCUUUACCAGUAACACAUAAAAUGAUCACAUAUGAAACAGCAAAAGAUCCAAUUCUAAAACAAAUAAUAUAUUAUAUUACAAAUGGUUGGCCUAACAAAACAAUAAAUAAUAGAGAAUUACAAGCAUUUUUACACAGGAAAAAUGAGUUAUCAUUAAUAAAUGAAUGUGUUGUGUACGGUGAACGUAUUGUUGUCCCACAAGUCUACAAAAAACGUGUACUUAAACAAUUACAUCGUGGUUAUCAAGGUAUUGAGCGUACCAAGGCAUUAGCACGGAGUUUUGUAUAUUGGCCAAACAUUGAUACUGAUAUAAAAACAUUUAUUCAAAAUUGCAAUCAAUGUGCAAAUGCAGCAAAGAUGCCUACGAAAACAUUACUUCAUUCUUGGCCCACACCAAGCGAACAGUGGGAGCGGGUGCAUAUAGACUUUGCUUGA